GGGCCUCGACGAUGGAUGUCAGUCGAGGGGGAGUUCUGCUACCACAGCGAACACCUGGCACGGGCCUAAACCUUUACGCGGUGCCCCUGUUUAAAACUAAUUAGGCCUCUAACAUCUGAAGGGAGGAUGACGUGGCCACCGUGGUAAUGCCAAUCAACCGCAACCCCGUAAGCCCAGAGCCGCACUGGCUGGAGAGAUGCAAGAGCACGGGUGCAUGUCCCGCCGUCAAGCCAACCCUUCCUUUUUCUUCUUACCACUACCUUUUUGGGAUGACGAGCGCGAUAGUGGCAACGCCAAUGGUGACCUCCGUAAGCCCAGACGGGACUGGCCAGAGGACUAACACGCUUCGCCUCAACCCACCCACAAGAGCUGCUGUCACGCUGAACAGCCAACCAAGACAUAGCCAAACCCUAGGCCUUGGGUAUCAAUCCAACAACACAUGGAGCCUUCACCCAAUUCACCCGCAAGAACUGUGCCCACACACCCCACUUUCUUCGUCACCUUUCUGGGCUUACAGCAGCAAACCGCGCGCCCCCUGCACUGGGGGUCGCGUGUCUCUUCUAUGCACUAUUUCUUCACUAUGCUUUACAUUUCUCCACAUCAUUUGUUACUAUUUUCCAGUGCAGGGGACGCACGUCCUUAUGUGUUAUCUCUUCACUCCGCUUUACUCUCCAUACCACCUGAUACUCGAUGUCUCAUCCACCCAUUGA